AUCGUUCAAUAAUACCAAAUCAAACCUACGAUUUUUAUAAACGUGGUGCUGUAUUUGAUGAUUGGAAAUCUCGUAUAUUGAUUUCUGCAUUAAAACUUGGUGGUGUACCACAGCAUAUUGGAUUUAUCAUGGAUGGUAAUAGACGUUUUGCACGAUUACACAAUAUGCAAAUAUCAAAAGGACAUGAAGGUGGAUUCAUUGGUUUACGCCGCGUAUUAGAAUUCUGUCUUCGGUUGAACGUACGCUGUGUUAGUAUAUACGCAUUCUCAAUUGAGAAUUUCAGUAGAUCCCAAGAUGAAGUCAGUUCCUUGAUGGAUUUAGCGUCAACUAAAUUGGAUGAGAUCUGCCAACAUGGUGAUCUCAUAGAGCAACACAAUGUUAGGAUUUCCGUAUUGGGCGCUAAGCAGCUCUUAAAUGAUGAAGUACGAUCAAAAUUGGAAAUGAUAGAAAAGCGUACGGCUGGUAAUGAUGGUGCGAUAUUAAAUAUAUGCAUGCCUUAUACAUCAAGAGAUGAAAUGUCAUCAGCUAUGCAAGUAUCUGGGAGUGACAAGAAAGUAUACCAAAAGAACCUGAUGACGGCUAAUUCACCACCUUUGGACAUCCUCAUACGGACAUCAGGAGUGAACAGGUUCAGCGAUUACUUAAUGUGGCAGGCCUCCCAUCAAAACACAUUCAUACAAGUCGUUGAUGCAUUCUGGCCAGAUAUUGGAAUAUCUGAGCUCGUACCAGUGUUGCUAAACUGGCAACGUCUGAAAUGGUCUAAUAGUUUGUCAAAUUAGAUUUAUAUGAAUAUUUUUAUACCCGUG